GCGCCGGUGUCCGUGCCCGUGCUCGUGCCGCCGAGGGCGCCCGCGCCGAGGCUCCGGCCUGGACGGACGGACGGACGAGGGACGGUGCAUUGACUCCGAGUUGGAAAGAAUCGUGUCCAAGAUGAGCCAUCCAGGCGGUUAAAGGGGUUCCUCCUCCCCGAGUCCUUCUUCUGGUUACUUGGUGGCUUUGGUUCCCGACGUUCGAAUCUGGCUCCAUCUGCUCCCUGCAUCCGGAAUGUUCCUGACACUCUCCAGAAAAAACAUGUCUCAGAAGCUGAGUUUGUUGUUGCUGGUGUUUGGCUUCAUCUGGGGUCUGAUGUUGCUUCACUACACGUUCCAGCAUCCGAGACACGCCAGCAGUGUGGAGCUGCGGGAGCAGAUCCUGGACUUAAGCAAAAGAUACGUGAAAGCUCUGGCCGAGGAGAAUAAGAGCCUCGUGAGCGGCGAGAACGGGGCAUCUCUGGCGGGAUAUGCUGAUUUGAAAAGAACUAUUGCCGUCCUCUUGGAUGACAUUUUACAGCGCUUGGUGAAACUGGAGAACAGAGUGGACUACAUCGGGGUCAGUGAUGUGGCCGCCAACAUCACCAAUGGCACCAGCGGGAACCUCCUGCCCGGGACUCCCAGUAAGAGGAUCAACGCGUCGGGCCACAUCAGAUAGCGGCCUGAGAGUCCCUCGGCCACGACGCGAGCCACGGCUCGUGGCUCGUCUCCCCUCCCAGGAAUGCCGUGGAAUCUCUCCGGCUCGGGCAGGAGCCGUCGCUGGCUCCGUGCAGGUGGUCUACAUGAUGUUUUCCAAGGAGUGUGUGGGAUCCAGGGAACCUUCAUUUCUGUAUAUAAUUGAAAAAGAUGGUCCAUGUGUUACUUUCAGGCAGGUUUCUGCCUUUGCUGGUCUUUAUCGCGGCCCCAGCGCUGAUGUAAUAAGCAGGUGGCUGGUGUACAAGGCUUUUGUGUUUGGGGCGAAGCUCAAACCAUUCAAAAGAUGUAGGAGCUCAUUUCUAUAUUUAUUUAAGUAGAAAUAUAUGUCUUUUGGACAAGUGGAAAAUAUUGUAGUUGAACCGUUUUUUCAUCUUUUCAACAGACAUAACUCAUAAAUGUUAAACUAAUGCUGUUGGGAAAUGUGUGUAUUUACAGUAUUAUAUUUUGUUACCUAGUUGUUGAUAGAGAAUAGGAUAUGAUGUUGAGAAUGUUUGAAAAUCACGACCCAAAGAAUGUCUUUAUUUGCACUAUUUGCCAGAAUAUCUAAAGAGAGAUUGCUGUAUAUCUAAACAUUUUGUUCGCAAAAGCAUAACUUGAAGAUAGUGAAGCAACUACUGUCCAGAACUUAUGUGUUCCAGAUAUUGGAACAAUUAAAUUGUCAACAGCUAAGUGAACAUAA